AUGGUUCAAUCUGAGGAAGUACGAAAAGGACCCUGGACAGAACAAGAAGACUUCAAAUUGGUGUCAUUUGUUGGAUUAUUUGGCGACAGAAGAUGGGACUUUAUUGCUAAGGUAUCAGGUUUGAAUAGAACUGGUAAGAGUUGUAGAUUAAGAUGGGUUAAUUAUCUUCAUCCUGGUCUCAAACGUGGUAAAAUGACUCCUCAUGAAGAACGUCUUGUCCUUGACCUUCAAUCCAAAUGGGGAAAUAGGUGGUCGAGAAUUGCUCAAAAGUUACCUGGUCGAACGGAUAAUGAGAUAAAGAAUUACUGGAGAACUCACAUGAGGAAGAAAGCUCAGGACAAAAAGAAAAUCUCAUCAACUCCUUCUAUAGACCAUCAUGUUUCAAAAGAUGCAGAAGAAACAAGUUUUUAUGACACAGGAGGAUCAACAAUAUCAAAACAAGUUAAACAAGUAGGAGUAGGAGUAGGAGGAGAUCAUGAACAAGAGGAGAUUUCAAUGGAUGAUAUAUGGAAAGAUAUUGAUAUAUCAGAAGAGAAUAGUGCUCUUGAGAAUGAAGAAUUUUGCAAUGAUAAUGAUAAAAAUAACAUAUCAUGUUCUCUACCACUGAGUUCUUCAUCAUGGGAGUAUAAUUCCUCAAACUCACUAUGGGUGAUGGAUGAAGAAAGCAUGUUAUUCCCCAAGAGUGAUGACCAUUAUUUUUCUUACUAUGCUAAUUACUAA